UGGAUAUGAAGAACAUUGGGUAAAAUGCAACUGCUUACUGGGUCAUGGACCGGAAAUAAUAGUGAAUGAGCUUUAAACAGUCAGUCUGUUGACACCCAUUCUGAAUCAGGUACUGUAUGGUACAACAGGUUUCUUGGUAACCAAGGUGUCCACUGUUAUGCUAAUGAAGAUACACUGCUUUCAUCCCUGAAUGGACUGUUCACAGUGGGUGUUUGCUGAGGCAUGCAAACAUAGACUGACCCUCAACUCCUUGACUAUUGAAUGAUAGACUUGGGCCUGUGGCUGCUCGUGUGGACACUACACAGAGUUACACCUACCAUUUUGGAUCUUAUGAACUGUCAUUUUUGAGGAUCUGAACCUGUUUCUUGAAUGUUCUGAGUGAUGCAGAAAUAUUGUUUGCUGCUGUGACAAUUUUAUGUGCUGUGUGCUGUGACAAGGAAAGCACCAUGGGCCACAGACUUGACACGGUUGUUAGGAUAAUUACCUCAUGAAAAUGUCAUUCUUGUGAAGUCAGCACUGGGCUGGAGUGAUAAAUUGCUGAAGAGAAUGGGAGACAUGGAUGAUGUCAAGAGUAGACAGGACAAGCUUGGCGAUGAAGAAAGAGGUGGGAUCGUUAAAGGUCAUGUGGCGUCGGAGCGACCAGGACCGGAAGGGGAGGAUGCCGUUGAGAUUGAUCGCGCUGAUCCACUCGGGGGAAAUUGCACCCCUAGAACUUCAUCCGUUGGACCUGAGAGUGAGGAACACACGUUGGCCAAGAGGGACAAGGCGGUGAGGAAAGGUAGCGCCGGCAGCCACCGGUCGCGACAUGGCAGCGGGGGCAGCAGGGGCAGCAGGAAUCGAAGCCGUAGUCGCAGCCGCCACAAAUCACACCGUAAUGACAGCGCGAACAGUCGCCAUUCACCCGCCAAUUACCGCGGGCACAAGAUGGCAGUGAACGGUGAUGGGGAGAACGGAACCACGACGGAUGAAGAUGAUCAAGCCUGCUCGGUGGUACACGUCCACAGCUUCACUCUGGAGGACGACGGUGAGUCGCCAAGAGCAGGGAUCCACCAAGAGGAUGCAGGGAGGAACAGUAAGAGAACAGCAAAGAUGGGGAAGAAGUUGAUGAUGGAGAAACAGAAGUACGUGACGGAGAAACACUUACUGAAGGCCAAAAUGGACAAAGCCAGAAAACAGUUCGAAGAAGAGGUUGCCAAGUACGAGAGGGAACUUGAUGGCAAACGUCAAGAGAUGCAGACCAAGUUGAGUGACCUGCAUGUGGAUGAGCAGUACGCUGCCCUCAGCCAACGCAUGGAGGAGCUGGCUGGGUUUAGGGAUGAGUUGGACUCACGCUUCCAGCAGUGUGUGGAGUAUGAGCAAGAGAUUGAGGAAAUAGAACGAUACCUUGACAGGAGACAGGAGCUGUGUAACAGCAAGGAAGAGGAUCUUAGACUACUAGACGAUCAACUUGAUACACUUCAUCAGGAACUGGAGUGGGACAAAGAGCGGCUAGAGAGGGCAGGCUUUGACGUGAACAAUUUGGGACCAAGGAACCGAGCGUCUGGCUUCAGGAGUCAGGCGAAGGGCACAGACAGCGACGCCGACGACUACAUCCUGAAGGCCAACCUACGCAAAUGCCAGAGUGACCUCAAGACAGCUGAGCAGACCUUGCAGGAACGUGACCUGCAGCUAGCCCGGGCCAAGGAAGAGAUUUUGUCACUGCAGACAGACAAGAAGAAAGACAAGGAGAAGAUCAAACAGUUGGAGACGCAGCUGUCUGUGGCACUCAGCCAACUAAAGAACCAAUCCAAUUUGGGACAGGCAUCGUUGGCAUCUAGCGCGACGCUCAACCGACAGUCGUCCAUACGCUCCCACGUAUCCCUGGACCGCUUCAAAUCACCGACGGACCUAAGCAUCAACCAGCAGGCCCAGCUCAAUCGGUCGAUGUCGGGGAAAGAGAAAAGUGGCGGCGGCGGCAAGUCCCCGGCUGGCAAGAAGUAUCCGAGCUCCACUGCAGACACAUCUCCGGCCAAUACCGCAUCCAGUGGCGGCGGCAGCAGGAGGCGUAGGCAUUCGUCCGUUGAUGGGGCUGCCAGGGAGGGCGAUGCCACACUUGACCUCCUGGGAAGGCCCAGAAGUUGGACUGCAGACUCGGCCAAGUCUCAGCCUCGGACAAUCAGUUCAGCAUGCGCCAUCAUGUGAAUUGCCGUUAGUCGGUGGGAAGCAUCCUGAAGCGUUGGACCAUGCACAUCGGGAAUGCAAGUGCAAAUUUCUGAUGUCAUUUUAGUCAUUAAGACAUCAAUAUGUUGUACUUACGAGUACAUGUAUUUCUGAACCCAAAGUCUGGAGCCCUUCAUCGACUAUUCAAAGGAAAAGUCGUCUUGUUUCUACUACAUGUUUUACUGGGCCGUAACUUUACAAACACGCAUAGUAAAGACAAGGUACACUACACAAUGUAAAGAGUUCUAUGCAUGGUUUAACUACAGUUAAAGAGAUCUCUCUCCAAGCAUGGUUCACUGCAUUUACACCAAUGUAAAUAUCAAAUAUUUAUUAGUGCCAUGCAGUAUCAUUUUCUGAGUAAAACAAAUCAUACCUUGUAAAUGAUGAAUGGAGGUGCCUCUAAAAUGCCAAAGCACAAGCCAGUUUCUUGGGGAGCCAAACGCAGCUUGCAUGAUGCAUUCUCAAGGAAGGGAGGUCUUUGUUGUCCCUCUGGGGCUUACAAAAUAAGACCCAUUGCAUCUCCAUUGUUGCCGAGUUCAAGCAAGAAUAGUGUGCCUCUAAUGAGGAUGUGCCUAGCAAACCUCUCUUCUGUCAAAUUCUGCUGUCCAUUCCUUGAGCAAUACGGGUGUUUCACAAUAGUUCACCUCCAAGAGUUUGCGACGCGUUGACCAAUCACAGAGCCCGUCGAUCCAA